AAAACACCAACAAAGAAGAAUACACAAGGCGCUUCACAGCUAUUCUAGAGCGAAGUUCAGUGUCAUGGCUUUCCUCUACAGAACUGCUGCUUUGCUCCUGAAGCCCUCCAGAACAGCGCCGACCCUCCUGUCCGCUUGUCGCCUCUACAGCUCAGGUGGUCAGUACGAGUAUAUUUUGGUGGAAAAGAGAGGUGAGAAGAACAGUGUGGGUUUCAUUCAGCUGAACCGGCCCAAGGCUCUCAAUGCGCUGUGUGAUGGGCUGAUGAAGGAGGUGGGACAAGCACUGGAUGCCUUUGAAGUUGACGGAGAUGUUGGAGCUAUUGUUAUCACUGGCAGUGACAGGGCCUUUGCUGCUGGAGCAGACAUUAAAGAGAUGCAGAACCGAACCUUCCAAGAGUGUUAUGGUGGAAACUUCUUGGCUCACUGGAACAGAGUGUCAACAGUGAAGAAGCCUGUGAUUGCAGCUGUCAAUGGCUUUGCUCUGGGUGGAGGCUGUGAACUGGCCAUGAUGUGUGACAUCGUCUAUGCUGGGGAGAAGGCACAGUUUGGCCAACCAGAAAUCCUGCUUGGGACCAUUCCUGGUUCGGGCGGGACCCAGCGGUUGACCCGCGCGGUGGGCAAAUCGCUGGCAAUGGAAAUGGUGCUAACAGGAGAUAGGAUUAGUGCUCAAGAAGCCAAGCAAUCAGGUUUGGUGAGUAAGAUUUAUCCUGUUGACCAACUUGUGUCUGAAGCUGUUAAAUGUGGGGAGAAGAUUGCUGCCAACUCAAAACUGGUCAGUGCUAUGGCUAAAGAGGCUGUCAAUGCAGCUUUUGAACUGACUUUGGCGGAGGGGAAUCGCUUGGAAAAGCGUUUAUUCCACGCCACCUUUGCUACAGAUGACCGUAAAGAAGGCAUGACUGCCUUUGUGGAGAAGAGAAAAGCCAGUUUCCAGGACAAAUAAAAUUGAUGAAGAGCAAAAGGUUCCUGAUAAAAAUUGGUUCUCUCCUCAUUUGCGAUAUCUUUAAUGAUGUAAAAGUCAUAAUAGUAUUGGAGCAAACAGGCUGUGAUGAUAAAGAUGGCACUAGUUGAGUGCAUGAGUGUUUUUCCACAAUGAAGCCCAAUGUGCAUGGGCCCCACCAUCAAAAUCACAUGCAGUCUGGGUCCAGGAGGUUUGUUGGUGGAUAUGAUUUGAUAAUUUUGAUCUAGUCUGUUUGUAACAGGAGGAAUCAGUCUUGUUGACUUGUACUAACUUUGCCUUUCCAUUUGUCAGAUGUUUAUUUCAACUUAUUCUGUGUAUAUUUUACAAAUAAAACUAAAUAAUCAGUAUUGAGGCUUUGAAUGCUA